AUGUCAAAUCGCUCCGUUCAAGAUGCGGACGUCCAGGAAGCGAGGGACCUUUUGACGGAUUAUUUUGAAAGUGAAGACCCGAUACGAUUCAGGUUUGAAAAGAUUAUCGGGGUUGGAGCUUACGGUAUAGCAUGGAGACUCAAAUAUAAGCCGAGCACUCCCAGCGGGGGGUCAGGCAAGUCACGGCGCGUUGUCAUGAAGAUGGACCGGUCCCAUGCGACUUCUGGCCUAGGAGAACAAGGAGGCGACGAAGGCGACGAAAGUCGCCCUACAAUUUCACAUGAGAGCCACUAUCUUUCGAUCUUGAAAUGGGCUAAGCACGUCGUCAACCUCAUAGAACCACCAAAUGACCCUCUUAAACAACAAAUUCCGGACAUCCCGCCCCAUGGAAUUAAGGAGGGGGAAUGGAUGUACCUCGAAUGGCUAGAAAAUGGAACGCUAUCAUCGUUUCUCGAUAGAGCUAUUGAGGCAAAUCGACAGCUCCCGAAUAGGAUGAUGUGGAGGUUCUUCCUAUGCUUAACCCGUAUGGGAAUUGCCAUGGCAUGGCCACCCGACGGGCCUGGGGAUGACGGAGGGCCGCAACUGGAAACUAUCGGACAACGUCGGGCUAGGAGAAUGGUGCACGACGAUUUGCAUGACGAGAACGUCAUGUUUGGCGAUUUCGACGAGGAGGAUGGUGAACACGACUUGACUCCGGUCAUGAAGGCAAUCGACUUCGGACUUGCGAAAAUAUAUGGCGAUCACCCACGAUAUCGGGGCAUGGGGAUGCUUGAUAACAUUUUUUCCUUCGGAAUCCUCAUGUCCGAGAUAGCAACACUUGACCGCAGCAACGCCGGAAUCGGCGAGCCGACACACGAAGACGCAGAUUUAUAUGCGGAGGGUCGGGAAGAGGAAAUCCUGAUCGCAGCGACAGUUUUGAUUCCGGACGAAGAACCGAACACUUCUAUAGAUCCCGAUUUGCGCUACUUGAUUGCGUCUUGUACCCAAAUCAGAAAAGAGGACAGACCGUCGCUGCAAGAUUUGGAGAGACAAAUUACGGAGGCGAUCGAGACGCGAGACGAGCAGUGGUACGUAUCUCGAAACAUGAACGCCAGGGGUGAAAGCGACGAGAAUAUUGAUGAUAUCAUUCAAGAAUUAAUAUUGGAUGCUUAA